AGACCUGGACUUAAAACAGACUGUUUACAGUCCCAGUGUUUGUACAGAAGAAAAGAGAAAUUGAGAUGAGUAAAGAAGAUGCAAAGUCAGGAACUUCAGCAGACAACAAAUCAGCUGACUUAAAGGACAGUGAGGAUUUAUAUGAAGAUAUGACCGGAUACCAAAAGAGAACUUCAGCUGCCAAAACAGACAAUACAAGGACCAAAUGUCACAGACUGACUGCAGUGUGUUUGCUGCUACUGUGUGUUCUCCUGCUAUCUGUCAUCACAGUCCUGUGGAUCAAAUACGGCAUCCUGAAUACAGAAAGCAACCAGCUACAGACCAGUUACAACAAGCUGACUAAAGAGAGAGACCAGUUACAGACCAGUUACAACAAGCUGACUAAAGAGAGAGACCAGUUACAGACUAGUUACAACAAUCUGACUAAUGAAAGAGACAAGUUACAGCAGGAGAGAUCUGCACUGCACAGUGUGCUGUUAAAAUUUGGAUGGAGAUUUUUCAACACGAGUGUUUACAACAUUUCUACUGAAAAGAAAAGCUGGACUGAAAGCAGACAGGACUGCAUAAAGAAAGGAGCAGAUCUGCUGAUCAUAAACAGCAGAGAGGAACAGGAGUUCAUCAGUAAAUAUUUUGGCAGUAGUGAAGCUUGGAUUGGUCUGACUGACAGAGAUACUGAGGGGAAAUUUAAAUGGGUGGACGGUUCACCACUGAACACUGAGUUCUGGUGGGAUGGAGAACCAAAUGAUUUUGAACAGAAAGAGGACUGUGCUAUAACAGGCUAUGCAAAGGCUGAGUCUAACAUGUCGACCUGGGCUGAUUAUCCCUGUGACUUCCAUGUAGUUGGCAUUUGUGAAGCUCCCUAAGGUCAAUGGCUGAAAUUGAAACGUAAUUUCUUAAAAUGAUAAUAAUACUUUGCAUUGUUUACUGUGGUAUUAACAGUGCUAACAAUGGGGCACUAAAUAUUGCACACUCUUGUCCCUCUGACUAUUUUUUUUUACACAUUUGAGGCCAUUCUGUUAUGUUUAGCUAGUGGCUCAUGCAAAAUAGUAAUUUAAGUAAACUCUAGCCUCUGCAUACUAGGACCACCUACCUCACACACGCAUACACACCUGCACACUCAUACACACACGUGUGCACACACACACAUGCACACACACACAUGCACACUCAUGCACACAUACAUAUACUUGGCAGCGAUUAGCGAUUACACCCUCAAGUCUAACAUGUCGACCUGGGCUGAUUAUCCUUUUAACUUCCAUGUAGUUGGGAUUUGUGAGAUAACAGCUAAGCUCCCUAAGGUCAGUGGGUGAAAUUGAAACAUUAUAUCUUAAAAAGAUGAUAAUACUUUGCAUUGUUUACUGUGGUA